CCAAAAGCCGACUGUUGGGCCACUCCUUGGCUUGUGCUACGGGUGCAGUUCGAACAAUGCAAGUAUUUUGUCGUGUUCUUUGUCAAUCUCAGGGUCAGAAUCUGAUUUCAUUGAACAUUGGUUCGUCCAAGCCGGUCCAUUAUCUGGACGACGCAAAGUAAACAUCUACGUGCCUUCAAUGGUGACACGAACCAAUGGCCAGGAGUAUAAAAGGGAACCCCUUCACUCCCUGAUUUCUUCAUCACUCUUCCAUUUGUCUAUUACAUUGAAGGCCUGGUUGUCUUCCCACUGCUCAUUACCACCAAUUUCACCGAUCUUUACUUCAAUUUUCACUUCAUCUCUCCACUAUGCCAGCGAAUGUGAAUCCUUACGAUCCACACGGCCUCCUCCUCGCGGAGUACUUCAGAAAGCAGGUCAAGGACCAAUCCGCUAAUAAACAGCUUGAUGCGGGGUCGCCUGGGCCCCAUCGUCACCACCGUUCGCGAAGGCAUGAAGCACCACGCUCCAGCCACGAAGCCCCACACUCUAGCCACCAACCCGGCUACAUGAGUAUGGGUCCUGUGCUCUCUUUUACUAACCCCUUCGAUCAUGGGUCGACCAUCUCUGUUGAUGAACAGCCUACUGCGGGAUCAGUUGGACCUGAUCGUCAUCCUCGUACACGGGUUAGGCCCGAAGCGCCAGGCUCCACCUACCACGCCAGUCGAGCUAAUUCUAGUCAACCCCCACGUCCUGUGACUCCCCCGAAUACCUUUUCAGGUUACGACGGCUCCCCGGAAACUCCUCCGAGGAAGCAUUCCAUCGACUUUUGGAAAACCACUGUGCCACGUCAGUGGAAACAUUCCCCGGGAAAAGGAGGGGUUCGAAUCCUCCCGGACAAGCCCGUCGCGAUUGUGCCGUAUGUCAGCCAUAGAGGGUCGGUAAUGCCAACGGAUGAGAAUGGCAAACCCAGGAAAGCCCGGCCAUUCAUAUUCGACCAUGGCCGUCAGGUCGACCCUCAAGUCGCUUGCCCCAACGUUUGUGCUCACUUCCAGUUUAUGCAUGAAGAAAGCUUUAAGCUUCGAAAGGGAACGGCGACGUUGGCGGUCAAACAGCCCGCGCCAAUCCAACCCUACCAAGCGUCGUCCUUCAUUGUCUUCACGGAUCGCCGCGUUGCAGUUGAUUUCCCAGGUCAAGGGUCGCGUGGCUGUGGCGUUCUCCUCCGCGAUGUUUUGGAUCCUCCCGACGGUUUCUCCCUGGUGGACGACGACGAGGUGGUGAACCCGUCCAAUGCCGACGCACUUUUCUUGAAUAUAGCGGUCAAUGGGUACCCGACUGCCUUGGAAACUAUCCACCUUCGGUGCGCGCAUGGACGCGUCACUCGCUACGGGCUCCUUCGACAAGUCGCCAAGAAGCAUUAUCAUAUCAUGCACAUGUCGGUUCCAGCCACGAGGACUUCAAAGCACCACAAUAAAGCACUGCCGAAGAAGGUAGCAUUUGAACGGCUCCGGCUGGUAUCUCUUUACACCCAUGAUCACGCGUUCUGGAACGCGGAGUUUAUCUAUGUUUCUGACCCAAAGUCAAAGAGAUCGGCGUGUGAUUAGACUAGGCUUUGAAGCGCCUUUCCGAAGAAAAGAGGUUUUUUUGUGCGCCUGUUUCAGUCUUGUUUC